UUGGCCGCAAACAAAAAAAACAUAUUUUUCGGUGGCACCAAAGAUGUGCACCAGAAGCAGUGUCGAGGCUUUGCUGGAAGAGCACGGCCAGAGUCUUCGCAGCGUCCUGGAGCAGCAGCAGCUGCUGGAGCGACGACACGAUCUCCUAUCGCAGGAAGUGCGCCAGCGCAAUGGACAGCUACAAGACCUACGCCGAGAACAUCGGCAGCUUCUGAAGGACUUCCAUGAGCUCCGGGACGAGUACAGCGCCGUGCGCGAUUGCCUCACCCAGGCCAGGGUGUUGCGGAAGGCGGAGUUGGAGCUCCAUCUGAGCAGGAGACGGGCGCCCCGCGUCUUGAAGCGGCUGCUCGAGGAGCCAGGUUUGGCUUUGUCCCUGGGCUGCGUCAUGGGCGUCAUCGGCUCCAUGCACCUGCGCGAAACUGCGCAAAGCUUGAGCGACGGCUUGUGCAAAUGCCUCAAGCUGCUGAAGAAAAGGAUGCCUCCUGACAUCUAUGUGCUGGGUGGUAAGAAUGAUUCUUCAGCGGCCUUGUGCAACGUGGAGUGCUUUAGCCCGCUGCGUGGAGAGUGGCAAGUCAUGCCGCCCAUGACGGUGAAACGUUAUGGCUGUGCCGCUUGCACGCUGGGAAAUUUGCUUUACGUCGUGGGUGGUCACGAUGGCCAAAAGGCCUUGGGCUCGGCGGAACGCUUCGAUCCCAGUGCAUCUAAGUGGAGCCGGCUGCCGAACAUGUUGACGCCUCGCUCACGAUGUGCUGCGGUGGCGGUGAAAGGCCGUCUCCACGUCCUGGGCGGCCGCGCGGAGUCGCGCAGCGUGCCGCAUGCCUUGGCCACGGAGCGUUUCGAUCCCAACACCUUCAAGUGGGAGGCUCUCCCAGCCAUGCCCCUGGCUCCACUGGGUUGUGCAGCGGCGGAACUCCAUGGCAGCAUCUAUGCAGUAGGUGGAAGUCUUUGAUUCCUCGGCCUCCAGUUGGUCCACCCUGGCGCCCAUGCCCAGGCAUCGUUUUGGCGUGGCCGCUGCGCAAGUGGCUGG